AUGGGGACUGUGCUCAGCAUAUCCCCACGGGAUAGGAAACCCGCCUAUGGGGAGUACACUCUCAAUGGGUUCAAUUAUGAGCAACUUAGUAAUGCCAAAAAUAAAGAGAAGAACGGAAAUGUCGUCGCGAAUCUCAAUCAUACCCAUAAUUCGAACUUCAAAAAACAUUCUUUAUUCAUCAAUGCCUUGAGUUGGAAAACGUUCACUACGUCCAGCAGAAGAAAGGUUGACAAAAACAAAAACACUUCGCGACAACCACUUGAUAACCUUAACAACGUAGUUGACAACAAGAAGAACAUUCAAAAGUCGGUAUCCUGUUAUAAUCUGAAAACCUCCACAGUCACAUCUCUGGAUGUAGUGGUCAGGAAUACGUCUGCGGGGGAUCGACACAAGAUGCCCCCUUCUUUACCGCCCUCUAAACCUUCGGUGCUAGCAGCCCACAAUUUGGUAAGACCUCUAAUGAACCACAUUUCUGGUAACCACAAUUCUCACCAUCAGCAUCAGCAUGGUCUCCAUUUUCCCAAUGGUGCUUCUCUCAACGUUGCUGGCAAAAGCAAUCCAGUGAUAAGUCCGAGCCAGCAGCACAGAAAGACUGUUAUUCAGGCUUCGACCUCAGAACUGCUGCGAUGUCUAGGCGAGUUUCUCUGCAAGAGGUGUUGGAAACUCAGAGAAAUACAACCAGCAGAUGCAGUUCUCUGGCUCAGAUCAGUGGAUCGUAGUCUUCUCUUACAAGGUUGGCAGGACAUUGCUUUCAUCAACCCGGCCAAUGUCGUUUUCCUUUAUCUUUUAAUCAGAGAACUGGUAAACGAAGAUAUUGAUUCUGAACGUGAACUACAGUCUGUUGUUCUCACCUGCUUAUAUCUCAGUUAUUCCUAUAUGGGGAAUGAAAUCUCUUAUCCUUUGAAACCAUUCCUUGUGGAUGAUUCCAAAGAAAAAUUCUGGGACAGGUGCUUGUUAAUUAUCAACCUUCUCAGUGGGAAGAUGUUGAGGAUUAACAGUGAACCAAGUUUUUUCACUGAAGUUUUUACCGAAUUGAAAGGAUGCUGUGCUUCAAACACAUGAAAUGUGCAGAAAUGCAGAAAAACAUUUUUAAA